AUGAAAUCCUCUAAAGAACUAUACAAGGAGGCUCUCAACUAUGAAUACUCUUCCGCGGUUUCUUUCAAGGCCUGGGUUCGAAGUGCUCAAAUCAUUUUGCGACAUGCCCGGCAGUUUGCUGAACAAAGAUACAUCAGUGAGUGCUAUAAGUUGUCUGUUCGUUUUGUAGACUUGAUUGUGAACAAGAUGGCCACGCAUAAAGAGCUCAAGCAAUUGAAGAAAAUAAAUGCACCAGUAUAUCUCACCUAUUUGGAUUUGGCUACGAAGAAAGUCCCAGAUGUCAUCAAGGAAUGUGAGGCCUUGAAGACAAUUUUGGAUGAUGAGUACCAAAGCUACCUCAAACUGCAACAAUUGAAACGACAGAAGCAGAAAGACCAAUUGAUCCAUCAUCAGAAUCAGGCUCAAACGCAUAAAUUACGUAGAUCUUCAUCAAUAUUGAAAGAUCAUAUCAACGCUGUUGAUGAAAGAGCGCUGUUGAAACAACUACAGCAGUUGACAUACCAUGAUCGUGAAUUCGCAACCGCAAUAACGGAGAUGCCAAAUUAUCCAGAGAUCCCCCAGCUGAGUAUUUCAACGAAUCAGAACACUAGAUCAGAGGCACCCCCACUUCCACCAAGAGUAUCGCAGGAACAGUCAUUAGCACCAGUAUCACUAGAUUCAUCACAGGCAGAUUUACAACACAAAACUGUUAACUUCACCGAAGCUGGGCAACCAUUACGAACAGUAUUUAUUUCAGAUAGACUCCAAUCUGAGUUCCUUAGACUAGCGGAACCAAACACGAUACAAAAGCUAGAGACUUGUGGCAUCCUUUGUGGAAAGCUCGUCAGAAAUGCAUUCUUCAUCACCCAUUUGGUUAUACCAGAUCAAGAGUCGACACCAAACACAUGUAAUACAAGAAAUGAGGAAAAGUUAUUCGACACUAUAGAUCAGCUUGAUUUAUUUGUCCUUGGAUGGAUACAUACCCACCCAACACAAUCAUGCUUCCUGUCUUCCAUAGACUUACAUACACAGAAUUCGUACCAGAUCAUGUUAAGCGAAGCAAUUGCCAUUGUGUGUGCACCAGCACCUCAGUUUUCUCAUCAUUCUUUUGGAUGUUUUCGGCUAACCCAUCCUCCGGGAAUUCCAACCAUUACACAAUGCACUAGGACGGGAUUUCAUCCUCAUGAGGAACCCAAUCUGUAUGUGACUUGUAAUCGAAAGAACAUGGGCGACGUGCAAGGCGGACACGUUGUGAUCAAGAAUCAUUUACCGUUUGAAAAGCUUGAUCUAAGAUAA